CAACACUAAACCAGGAAGUGGGUCAUGGAGGCUCAGUUUUCUAACAAGAAAGCCCCUGGAUCACAUCAGAAUGACAGUAGAAGGCAAUUUCUACUAGAAAGGUUGUUGGAUGCUGUUAAACAGUGCCAGAUACGUUUUGGAGGAAGGAAAGAAAUUGCAUCAGAUUCUGACAGCAGGGUGAUUUGUCUGUGUGCUCAGUUUGAAGCGGUUCUACAGCAUGGCUUGAAGAGGAGUAGAGGAUUGGCACUAACAGCAGCUGCAAUCAAACAGGUUGCUGGUUUCUCCAGCAAAGCUGAGACAGAACCUGUAUACUGGUAUUAUGUUAAAGAACAUCUAAAUCGCCAUGAACUGAGCCGUUUCUACUCCCUGAAGACCAUCACCACAGAUGUUGGACGAGCACGGGCCUGGUUACGAUGUGCACUAAAUGAGCAUUCACUUGAAAGAUACAUGCAUAUGCUUCUUGCAGAUCGAAACCGAUUGAGUACCUUCUAUGAAGACUGGUCUUUUGUAAUGGAUGAAGAGAGGGCUAGCAUGCUUCCUACGAUGGCAGCAGGCUUGAACUCCAUUUUGUUUGCUAUCAAUAUUGACAACAAGGAUUUAAAUGGUCAGAACAAGCCAUCUACUACAGUUACUGAUCUUCUUAAAGAGUCCAAACAGAAUGUCACAUCACUUUUGAAGGAGUCAACACAUGGAGUGAGCAACCUCCUGAAGGAAAUCACGACAGUUUCAACCAUGUCUGUCCUCAUCAAGCCAGAUCAAGAGUGUGACCCAUUGCCAGUGGUUUCUACAAGUUCCUACUCUGAAGUAAAAAAUAAGAAAGAUCGAAAAAAGAAAAAGAAAGUGACAAAUAUAAUUUCUUUUGAUGAUGAAGAGGAUGAAGAGGAAGAGCAAAACGCUGUGGAGCAUGGGAAACCAAGUAUCUCAAGAGAGAGCUCGUCGGAGAACUCUGAUAGAGCUUUAGUGACAGUAGCCGCCUCCUCUUCACUGAUUUCUACUGUUCAUAGCAGCUGUGAGCCAGAUAGCAAGGAACUCACUAAUGAAGUGUGCAAGAAUGAGAGUAUUUGCUUUAAUGGACAUCCUGGUUAUAAAAUGUUGGAUAUGAAGAGUAUCGAUGAUGAAUAUGCAGAUGAUGAUAAUGAAGAUGAUGGCGUUUAUGGAAAAACAUCACAGUGUGAAGAAAUGAGAGAGGACAGAACAUCUUUGGAACAGAAUCCAGAAGAGAGGAUGCCUAGUUUACAAAUGUCCAGUUGGACCCCACUACAUGUACUACAUGACAAUGACAGUUCUUAUAUUUUAUUUCCUGUCAGUGGUGUGGGCUCUUAUUCCCAUUCUGAUACCACGUCUGACAACCUGGUGUACGGCGAUGAUCACGAAGGUGCAGCACUUGCUGUUGAUUUGGCUCAAAAGGGAUCGCAGCUUCAGUUCAAUGUGGAUGCCAGCCCUCCUGUUCAGGCCCAUUCUUUAAAUAAUCUAAUGCCUUCAGCUAAUGUGGCAGAAUCAAUGACAAUUAAUGACUUACGUCAAGCUAUCGUGGCUAUGAUGAACAGAAAAGAUGAACUAGAAGAACAAAACAGAUCAUUGCGGAACUUACUGGAUGGAGAGAUGGAACAUUCUGCUGCUCUCAGGCAAGAGAUUGACAGUCUGAAAAGGAAAGUGGCAGAACAAGACGAACAUCACACAGGGAAGGUCCAGGCACUGGCAAGGGAGAAUGAGGUACUGAAAGUACAGCUGAAGAAGUAUGUGGGAGCUGUUCAGAUGCUUAAAAGAGAAGGUGGACAAUCCAAUGACAUUCUUCCAGGCCAUUGGAACUCUGAUGGGGAGUUAACAUUUCCAGAGCCCAAACCUGUGGUAGAUACUGAAGAACUGGCAAGUUCAUAUGAACGGAAAUUGAUUGAGGUGGCAGAAAUGCAUGGAGAACUCAUUGAAUUCAACGAAAGGCUCCACCGUUCUCUGAUAGCGAAAGAAGCACUGAUAUCACAAAUGAGGCAGGAACUCAUUGACCUGAGGGGGCCAGUGCCUGGAGAUUUAAGUCAGACUUCUGAAGAGCAGAGUUUAUCAGAUUUUGAAAUAGUAAACCGUGCCUUGAUCAAUGUAUGGAUUCCAUCAGUGUUUCUUCGUGGAAAAGCUGCAAAUGCUUAUCACGUUUAUCAGGUUUAUAUCCGAAUCCGUGAUGAUGAAUGGAAUGUCUACCGUAGGUACACAGAAUUUCGGGGGCUGCACCAGAAGCUGCGUGCCAAGUAUCCACAAGUGGACACUUUUAACUUUCCACCAAAGAAAGCUAUUGGAAACAAGGAUGCCAAGUUUGUGGAGCAGAGACGGAAGGAGCUUCAGAGCUACUUAAGAAAUGUAAUGAACAAAAUUAUCCAAAGUUUGCCUGAGUUUACAUUAAACCCCUCAAAGGAAACCCUGACAGGAUUAGUACCGUUUUGUCUGUAA